UAGACAGCAAAGCCAGGUGGCAGCACUGGGGUUGAUGCGGAUAAGAAGAAGCAGCAGGGGCAGCGUAUGCGAAAAAGUUUAAAAAUAAACAAAUUUCGUUUUAAAUCAAACUGAUAUUCAAUUUUCCGGGCGCGCAGUUGAAUCAAAGCAGACAACACGCAUACAUACCAGAGAGUCAAAUUAUUAAACGAAAUUUGCGCUCUCGCACGGAACUUGGCCCAUUUCUUCUGAGACCGUCGCCUCAAUAUUGGGAACCAUAUCAGUUCGUUCUGUUCACUUCGUCGUGGCGCACGGGAAUCAGACGCCCAGCAGCGAAAAGCUCUUGCGAUGAUCGUCGCACACUUUAUAAGCUCAAGAGGAUCCCUUCCAGAUCCGAGCCACAGUCCGUUUCAGCGAUAUGCGCUACAUAAAACCGGAGCCGUACUAUGAAGGGCUUCCACCAUUUAAUGUCAGCGGCAGCCCAUUUAACGUGGUGCCAAUUCACAACUACCCAGAGCUGAUGAAGGACACUUGCGCUCUGAUUAACGCCGAGUGGCCGCGAUCGGAAACGGCGCGCAUGCGCUCCCUGGAGGCCUCCUGCGACAGCCUGCCCUGCAGCCUAGUACUGACCACUGAAGGCAUGUGUCGCGUAAUUGCUCACCUCAAGCUCAGUCCGAUUACCUCUAAGAAAAAGGCGUGCUUCGUGGAGUCCGUGGUAGUGGACAAGAGACACCGCGGCCAGGGGUUUGGCAAGUUAAUCAUGAAGUUUGCUGAGGACUACUGUCGCGUGGUAUUGGACCUCAAGACCAUUUACCUGUCUACCAUCGACCAGGAUGGAUUUUACGAGCGAAUUGGCUACGAGUACUGUGCGCCCAUCACAAUGUACGGGCCGCGUCACUGCGAACUGCCCAGUUUGCAAAAUGCCAAAAAGAAAUACAUGAAGAAGGUCUUAUAGACUUCAACGCCAGUAGUAGUAGUGGGAUUAGCCAAAAUGGGUCAUGCCGAGCCUGAUCAGAGAGUGGCAGUGAACUAGUCAAAUUGGCAAACGCUUGAAAUUCUUUACGGGUUUUACCUGCCAGCAGCUGCUCCGAGCCAUAACCUGUGGACGUCAGGCAGUCUGCCAAAAGCAAGGUUGAUUGCCUCAUGCCCCAGGCGAAUUACGAAGCAGUUAAAGCUUUUAAUUCCAUUACACCGAUAAGCAAACAUUCACCAAACGCUUGUGUUGAUUUUUAAAUAUUACUUUCCGCAUGUAUUUUGUAAACUUUUUGGUUCUUUUUGUAUGACAAAGAUGACCCCAGGCUGUUCGGUACAUGUAUAAGGCUAAUGUUAACCUAAUCCUAACUGUUUAGCUAUUAUUUUUUGUUAUAGUUUUGCUCAAGCGUGUGCAUAUUUGCUCCUAGAAGAAUAUCUAAUACCUGCCUGCAAUGAUAAUAAGAAGCUCAAGUAUCUUCCAACGAAACAUAGCAUAUAGACAUAUCGAGCCUUAGCAUUAAGCACUCAACGAAGGGCAAUAACUUCCAAUAAAACGUGUAGAAACUUAA